CCUAAAGCUCAUUUAGUGUUGACUUACACCUUACAGUAUUUGGUCGUAUGUGGCCCAGGGCAUUAACCAGUGUCACGUUUGGUUAAACGUUAAGUUAACCAGAAUAGCUUUAGGUUUUGGCACUUAAGGAUUUUAAUGUUUGGGAGACUUAAAAACUUAGCUUUAUUAUAUUUAUAUAACCUCUGCAUUGACUGUCAGAUUCAGAUUUUGUUAUAUACAUGUAAUAAGAAUAAGAAUGACCAAAAAGUCUCAUUAUGAGACAUUAAAACGUUGUUAUUACUCAUACAUAACAGACAGCGGUGGAAGAAGUAAUGCCACUCAGAUCCUGCAUUCAAAAUCUCAAAGUAUUAGAUUCAAAAUGUGCUUUAAGUACCAAAAGUAGAAGUAAUCAUAAUGCAGAAUGACUUAUUUGGAAAAAAAAAAAACAACAAUCACUGGAUUUUGAUUAUUAGCAUUAAUGUAUUCAUGACGUUAAUGUUGCAGCUGCGAAAGGUGGAGCGAAUUUGAAUUACUAUUUACUACCAGGGAGCUUAAUACACCACAAUUACCAUAAUAACAUAGCAGUACUGUGUAAUCUGUGUUGGAAUGUAAUGAACUCUGUAAUCAUUGUUAGUUACGUUCUAACUCUGAUGACAGAGUACUGCUGCAUAAUCCUUCAACUCAUCUGAAAGUAUUAAAAUCCCCAACAUUUUGGACGCACUUGUCAUUAUUUCAGUGUGUCUUUCAGCCGUAGAAGGUGUUAUUUUGAGUAAUUUUUCUACUUUUACUCUACUUUUGAAAACCUUAAAAGAAUGAGUGAAGGCUUGGAAACUUACAUAAGUGAAUGUCAAUGCCUCUUCAACAGGAAAUAUCAAUGUCAGUUAUGUUGAUGUCAUGGAUAAUAUAACACCCAAGAACACAUGCAGCACUAACUUUAUAUUGUCUCAGAGAGGCAAGUGUGUUCCUGCAUGAAGGUGGAUACAUUUGUCAUAAUAUGUGUUUAAAUGUAUUGUUGCAUGUCCUCCCACUGGAACAGUUAUAACAGAAGGAUGGCUGAGGCAGUCGCAAAAGUGGCCCGGAGGAUUAAUGCAACUGUCGAAGAGGGGAAAGAUAGUUUGGACCUGUCAAACUGCCAGCUCAUUUCUUUCCCAGACGGUGUGUUCAAGGUCCUAAGGAGUGUCUCAGAAAACAUCCGAGUUAUCACAUUGGCUGACAAUGAGAUGAAGGCCCUUUCCAGCAAGUUCUUUUCCACCUUCACUCAGCUUAGAGAGCUGGACCUGCGAGGCAAUGUUCUCACCAAACUGCCUGAUGCUGUGGCAGAAAUGGAGCAUUUGACCUGCAUCAAUCUGGCUAAUAACAGCUUCUCCAUCUUCCCUGAUAAGCUUACUGAAAUAGCCACACUGGAGAGGAUUAACCUGGAGGGAAACAGCAUCACCGAAAUACCAGUGGAGAAGUUGUCUACCAUGCCAGCACUGAAGUGGCUGAACGUGAAGUCAAACCCUUUGGACUCAAACACUCAGGCUGCUCUGCAGUCACCUCACAACUUUGACAUUGUGUCAACCACAGAGUCAUAAGAUAUGCCACGUAUUACAUUUACCCACCUAUAGACUGCAUGCUGUGUGCCUUUACCUACUUCAGUUGGAUGCUCCCGUGGUGCCUGACAGAAGCGAAAGCAUGAUACUUGAAGAUACUGAACUGAAGAUAUCACAAGAGACAAGAAAACAGAGGUGUGUGAAGAUGGCGUCCUCCUUGGCUGACUUAAAAAGAGCUGACUUUGAUGUUUGGUGAAAUCAGUCCAUCUUUAUACACCAUUUUUAGAAACAUGUUUCUGUCUCAGUUGAAAUAUUUGUAAUGACUUAUUUAUUGCUUUUGAUAGCAUAAUUUUUUUCAAUUAAAGAUUAUAC